CCGGCAGGGGAGGGAUUGCAGCUGCAGGAGUGAUGCUUUUGGAGGGAGGCACUUCUAAGAACAUGCGAAGAGUCUUCUGUUUAGGUUGCACUGCCUGGGGAGACUACCAAGUCACACGUGCUUUUUGUUUAAAAAAUAGUAUCUAUAUUAUGACUUGUACAGGUUGGCUGGAGCAAUCAUGAAGCCUUUAAGUCUCUGUACCUGCCUUAUAAAGAGGCUGGAAAAAUUCUGCACCUACUUCCAAGGACAGCCGUGAGAGAGGAAGGAGCAGAGCAAGAAAGUGGAACACCAGGAGGAGCAAGCACUCCUAAUCAAGGUGUCCAAGAAUGUCACAGAAACUCUUAAAAGAAGACUUUAUAAGUAACCUAAAUGGAACAUCCUUGCUUGAGAUUUCCAUCGGUUUAACCCUGGCACCAUUAUGUCUGCUAUCCAGAGGACUGCUGUUGAUCUUGUAUUUUCUGCACAAUGGAAGACCGUUAGGUUCAAGGAGCACCCAUUUUUUCCUGGACUUCAGUGUUUUAGUGGUCCCUCCUGUGCUUUGCUGUACAGUUCUGGCUCCCAUCCUCCCCUGGGUAAUACUCUGCAUUGCAGCAUUCUGCGCAGGCUUGGUUUAUAAAAUAUACUGUAGAAGAACGACUUACGUCAAAGUGCCAUUUUGGCAAAUCCUAAGCGAUUUUCUGAGGGCAAGUUUAGAACCAGAGUAUGUUCCUUCCUUAACCGUCUUCCGAGUGUAUGUCAAUGUGUUAACAUCCAUCAGCAUUCUGGCUGUGGAUUUUCCACAGUACCCUCGCCGAUAUGCCAAAACGGAGACGUAUGGAACAGGAGUUAUGGAUUUUGGAGUUGGAGCUUUUGUUUUUGGAAAUGCUGUGGUUUGUCCAGAAGUUCGGCUAAAAGGGGGUGAGGUACAGAGCAAAUUCUUCUACCUUGCUAGGCAGUUCUUUGCUGUGUGGCCUCUGUUCCUCCUUGGCUUUGGACGACUGAUGAGCGUUAAGGUGGCGGAGUACCACGAACACACAUCGGAGUAUGGUGUCCACUGGAACUUCUUCUUCACUCUAGCCGUCGUACGAAUGGCAGCAUCUUUGCUGUUGUCUUUAUUUCCUGUGCGCAAAGCAUGGAUUGUAGCCACAACCCUUGCUGUCGUUUAUGAAUGUUUUCUUGCCUUUACACCCUUGAAGAUGUUUAUCUUACAUGGGAGUGAUGGGCGAGGCUCGAGGGCUGGGUUUUUAGAUGCCAACAGAGAGGGUGUCUUUUCUGUCAUUGGCUACCUUGCCAUCUACAUGGCAAGUGUGCAAGUGGGCUUGUAUUUGCUUAAAAAAAAAAGAGGCUCUGUCCGAGAGUGGGUGGGAGUGAUACACUCCUUCCUAUUGGCAAUUCUUGUUCUCUUUUUGUUUCUCCAUGCAGUUCAAACAUACGUGGAAACCAUAUCCCGACGGAUGGCAAAUCUGCCGUUUUGUGUCUGGGUUGUAGCUCAUGGCUUGUCACUCCUUAGCUGUUUUUUAGUGUCUGAUCUUGUUUUGGUUUUUGCAAAGUUUCUAGUGGAUGGGGCUAGUGUUCCUUGCAGUUGGAAUUUUGUCCAGCUGUCUGCAACAAAUAAAAAGCAUGAUUUGGAACUUCGGGAUGGACAAACGAUACCCCAAAGUGUGUGCAUGGUCAGUGCCGUUAACAAAAACCAGCUGCUUUAUUUCUUGCUAGCAAAUAUCUUGACUGGCCUUGUGAACAUGAUGGUUGAUACAAUUCACAGUAACACAGUUUUGGCCAUGUUUGUUCUGCAUGUAUACAUGCUUACAAACUGUUUGGUUAUGUAUAUAUUGCAAGCAAAAAAUGUCAUCUUAAAGUGGUGGUAA